UAAUUUCGAUGUUGGAACGUUUUUAUGAUCCAGCGGAAGGUAGUGUGAUGGUUGAUUCCAAUAAUAUCAAGACUUUGAAUCUACCAUUCUUGAGAUCACAGAUGAGUAUCGUCAGUCAAGAGCCAGUACUCUUCAACUGUACCAUCCGUGAGAAUAUUGCAUACAGUGUGGAAAACAUCCCGGACUUGGAUGCAAUAAUAAAUGUUGCAAAACAAGCAAACAUACAUGAUUUUAUCUCUAGCCUACCAGAGGUUAGUACCAAGAAUCCAAGAUGUUAUGUGCAGAUCACUGAAUGGUUGUCAUUGCAUGGUAUACAAAUAAUGAAUGUUUAUGAGUGAAACGGAAAGAAUAUU